CCUCCUCAUUCUUCGCUCAGAUUUCGUAUUCGAUCGACGCUGUAUAUAUUGUAUAUUCACGGUCGUGGUUUCUCUAUAGAAUGACUUGAUUUUUAACCGUGAAAAACUGCUUAUUUUAUCGGACGAUAUUUUGUGUCAGUGCUUCAGUUCGGUUGUGCCGCUUCUGCUUGUGUGAUUGGUAAAAACACGCGCCGCGAUGCAGCGCCCGACGCCGCAUCAGGAACAACAGAUUGUUCAGCAACAACAGCAGGUUGUGCAACAACAACAGCAACAGUUCUCGCAACAGUUUAGCCAACAACGGAUUAGCCGCACGGAACAACAUGUGACCCGACAGGUCACACAACAACAACAAGUGCAGGGCAUGGUGGUCCAGGGAUCCAUCCCCUUCAUGCCAGCCGAUGCUCAGCCCCCAGUGUUUGAGCAGAUAUUCAAGAAUGCCAGGUUCGCCCAGGGUGGAAACGCCCACUUCCAGGGCAAACUGCGCGGCAACCCCAAGCCUCAAGUAUCCUGGACGCGCAAGGGUGCUCCUCUCUUUGAAUCGGCCAAGUACAAGAUGCAGUACGAGCAACAAACAGGGAAUGUUUCUCUACUGAUCAUGAACAUUGGCCCCGGAGACGAGGGAGAGUACACCUGCACGGCCAGGAACCAGUACGGAGAGGCUAUCUGCUCAGUGUUCAUCUCUCCUGAGGGCAUGGCUGUACCACAAAGCCAAAUAGGCUUCCAACAACAGCAGCAAACAACGCAGCAACAGAGGACUACAAGAACAGAGAAAUUCUCUUACACAAAUGGCACAAACGGACACAUGAUUGUUGAAGAAGAUUUUAAAGUAGACACAUUUGAGUACCGAUUGCUCCGCGAGGUGUCUUUCCGAGAGACGGUGACUCGCAGGUACGCCAAUGAAGUGGACGCCCAGAUGUCGACCACCAUUGACCGCAGUCUCGGUCCUCCGUCCGCUCCUCAGCUGGCACAGAAACCUCGCAACUCCAAGCUACAGGAGGGCUCCGAGGCAGUGUUCACUGUCAAGCUUGCAGCCAAUCCGAGGCCUAGGCUGACAUGGUUCAAGAACGGUCAGCGACUGGUGAACUCCAGCAAGCACCAGUCAUCAUACAGCAACCAGCAAGCUACUCUUAAGAUCUCACACACAGAGUCGACCGACACAGGACACUACACACUGUUAGCGGAGAAUCCACAAGGCGUGGUGGUGUCCUCAGCUUACCUUGCAGUGGAGCCGACCUCUGGACAAGACUUCACUGAGCAAAGAGAAACCACACAAAAAAUGUCACAGUAUGAGAGCACAGAAGCGGUGGACAGUUCGAAGAUGCUGGCCCCGAACUUUGUGCGCGUGUGCAACGAUCGAGACGUAACUGAAGGGAAGAUGACACGAUUCGACUGCCGAGUGACCGGCCGACCAUACCCCGAGGUGGCCUGGUUUAUCAAUGGCAGACAGGUUGCUGACGACGCCACACACAAGAUAUUGGUGAACGAGUCAGGCAACCACGCACUCAUGAUCACCAACGUCAGCCGAUUUGACCACGGGGUCGUACAGUGUGUGGCACGAAACAAGGCUGGAGAAACUUCAUUCCAGUGCAAUCUAAAUGUGAUAGAGAAGGAGCAGGUGGUGGCCCCUAAGUUUGUGGAGAGGUUCUCUACGGUGACUGUGAAGGAGGGUGAGCCUGUAAGCCUCAGUGUACGAGCUGUAGGCACUCCCAUACCUAGGAUCUCAUGGCAGAAGGAUGGUAUUGCCAUCAUGCCCAGUGGUGAUGUCAACAUUGUGGUGGACGGAGGUGCGUCAGUGCUGGACCUGGCGGCGGCCCGUAGCUCUGACUCGGGCUGGUACCAGUGUACGGCACAGAACGUGGCCGGCUCUACUGCCACCAGAGCUAGGUUGCAUGUACAGACACCCCAGCAACCAGAGUACCAGGGCGACAGACGACUGCACCUGCCACGACCCACCAAGGUCAUCGAACCAGAACCACAGCCUGGACCUGAGAUUAUCUACCUGCGCCACGUAGAGAGAGCCAAGCCCCGCCAGCCAGCCCAGGAGCAAGACAGACAGUACCCUCCGCCACAGUUCAUCAUCCCCCUGUCCCCCGCCAGCGCCACGGAGGGAGGCAGGGUCCACCUGGAGGCUAGGAUAGAGCCUGUCGGGGACCCCACCAUGAGAGUAGAGUGGUUCCACAACGGACGCCCUCUCGCAGCUAGUUCGAGGGUCACAACUACAUUCAAGUUUGGUUUCAUUGCUCUGGACUUGCUCAGCAUUGUACAGGCAGAUGCAGGAGAGUAUAUCUGCCGUGUGACCAGCAGCUCUGGCAGUACUGAGUCAAGGGCUAUCCUGAGUGUCACAGUCCGAGCCAGUAUCGAGCAGACCAGCCAACAUCCUGAGAGUCUGCAGUACAUCUCCAACCUGGAGGACUACAGUCGCUACCAGCGGACGGAAAGUGUGGAAGAGUUCCAGGCGCAGAAGCCUGCGUUCAUCCGCCCACUCCAUGACUUGGGCCAGCUGAACGAGGGCCGCAACGCCCACUUUGAGGCGCAACUGACGCCUGUCAGCGACCCCACCAUGAAACUGGAGUGGUACAAGGAUGGCAAACCGAUCACAGCGAGUUCAAGGAUCACUUCCAUCUUCAACUUCGGCUACGUCUCCCUCAACAUCAUGCACCUACGGGCCGAAGACUCUGGAUCCUACGCUGUGAGAGCCGUCAACAGAUGGGGCGAAGCUGUCAGCACCUCCACUCUCACUGUUAUUGCUCGCAGCAGCGUGACCGGAGACCUGGGUAUUCCGGAGCAGCAGCGCUACAUAGAGCAAGUAGAACAGUUGGAGGCGUACCACACUGCACAGCAGUAUCGCCAGGUGGCAGAGCCCCCAGAAAGCACUGUUCCUCCAGUAUUUAAAUCUCCUAUCAAGGAUCAACUCAACAUUCGCGAGGGUGGUUUUGCCCACUUUGAAGCCAGACUUGAACCAGUCGGAGAUUCCACUCUACGAGUAGAAUGGCUUAAGGACGGAAGACCCGUGGAAGCCAGUUCUCGAAUUACGACAUUCUUCAACUUUGGUUAUGUGGCUUUGACCAUCAAGUACGUAACAAUCCAUGAUGUCGGCAUUUACACAUGUCGCGCCUACAAUACACUCGGACAGGCUGAGACUACAGCUCAAAUGUCCGUCAUUACCAAACAAGACAUCAUCUUUGACAGCCAGCACCCUAGUGGUCUGCAGAAGAUACAGACCCUGGAGGACAGCAGCCGCUACUCCAGGACGACCCAAGAAGAGGUGCAAGUCACUCAGAAACCACGAUUCCUCGGUCCGCUCAAAGGCACAAACAAGAUUGUCGAAGGUCAAAGAGCCCACUUUGAGGCCAGAGUCGAGCCCCAGAGCGACAUUACGAUGCAGAUCGAAUGGUAUUUCAACGGUAAGGUGAUCAUGACAGCCAACCGUAUCCAGACAUACCAUGACUUUGGCUACGUAGCCCUGGACAUCCUUGGCGUGAGAGCGGAGGACGCAGGAACUUACACUGUCGUGGCACGUAACGCUCUGGGAGAGGCGCAACUGUCUGCCUCCAUGGUGGUCGAGACACGAGCCAGUAUCGACACUAGUUCAAUGCACCGAGGAACAUACGAGAAGACACAACGCCUGGAGACAGGCAAGUUUGUGGAGCCUCACUAUGAGAUUGAGGAGAUCUCCAAGUCCAAGCCCAUCUUUGUGACGCCUCUGAGUGACCCCAAGCCUCUCGGUGAAGGCAAGAACAUUCACCUGGAGUGUAGACUGGAGCCGAUGGGAGACCCGACCAUGCGGGUCGAGUGGUUCCAGAACGGACGAUCCAUCACGGUCGGUUCACGUUUCCGUACUUACUACGAUUUUGGCUUUGUCGCUCUGGACAUCAUCCAUGCCACUUCCAUGGACACUGGAGAGUACACUGUGAGAGCCACCAACCACCUAGGCUCUGCACACACCUCAGCGCAAGUCAGAGUAAUCAGCCGCUCAGACAUCUUGACAGAUACGCAGAAUGAAGCAGCGCUAGAGCAGAUCCAGAUGUUGGAGGAUAUGUCACGCAACCGUCGUACAGUGGGCGAGGAGGAGGUUAUCAUGACACCCCCAUCCUUCACACGACCUCUGCACAACAUUGAGACCAUCGAGGGCACUAAUAUACAUCUGGAGUGUCGUCUGCAGCCAGUUGGAGACUCUACAAUGAGAGUCGACUGGUUUGUCAAUGGACGCCCUGUCAAAACUGGUCAUCGGUUCAGACCGGCUUAUGACUUUGACUACGUUGCCCUGGAUCUGCUCAGUGUCUACCCAGAAGACUCGGGAGUGUACACUUGUCAAGCUCGCAAUGCUCUCGGUGAAGCCGUCACCUCCUGCUCUGUCAAGAUACAUGCCAAGAAGGACUUGUACCUGGAGUCGCAACACCCCGGUGGACUGGAGAAGAUACAAUACUUGGAGGACGCAAGCCGCUACCGUCGGACAGAACAGGUGGACGAGAUCAUCACCACCAAGCCUCGCUUUGUCACCAAGCCCAAGAGUCUGGGCAACAUGAGGGAGGGACACCACGCUCACUUUGAGUGCAAAUUAGAGCCCGUCACCGACUCCAAUCUCAAGGUCGAGUGGUACAAGAAUGGUCGUCCCAUUACUGUCGGUCACAGAUUCCGACCUAUCCACGACUUUGGCUACGUGGCUCUAGACAUUGUUGACUUGAUUGCUGAGGACUCAGGCACUUACACUUGCCGAGCUGUCAACCUUGUGGGAAUGGACGAAACCACAUGCUCCCUGGAAUGCAGAAGUUCCCAACAGAUUCUGACUGGCACAGAGAACCAGUCGGGACUGGAGCAGAUACAAUACCUGGAGGACAGAUCUCGCUACCAGCGACACGAGACCACUGAGGAGACAACCACUCAGGCACCGACAUUCACGUCGUCACUCAAACAGGUCAACAUCAAGGAGGGUCAGCGAGCGCACUUUGAGUGUCGUCUCAUACCUGUCAGUGACGCCACCAUGAAAGUCGAGUGGUUCCACAACAACGUGCCACUCAAAUCAGGGUCCCGCUUCACAGAGACCAACAACUUUGGCUUUGUCGCGUUGGACAUCCUGCACUGCCUGCCUGAGGAUUCUGGAACUUACACUUGCAGAGCCAGAAAUAUCAUUGGGGAGGCCGUUACCUCAGCCAACCUAAAUGUCCAGUCCAAGAAGUCCAUCUACCUUGAGUCCCAGCACGAGGGUGCCUUGCAGCGAUUGUACCAGCUGGAAGAUGGUUCUCGUCAUCAGCGGCGAGACGCUGCAGAUGAAUCUGUGUCUCAAGCUCCAGUGUUCACACAACCUAUGCGAGACUUGCGCACCGCAGAGAACCAAGCAGCGCACUUUGAGGCCCGUCUCAUACCAGUGGGCGACGCCAGGCUGAAGGUGGAGUGGUUGAGGAACGGUGUUCCCAUAGAAGCGUCUAACAGGGUGACUACCAUGCACGACUUUGGUUAUGUCGCUCUCAACAUGAAGUAUGUCUAUCCUGAGGACUCUGGCACUUACACUUGCCGAGCCGUCAAUGACCUCGGAGAAGCAGUGACGUCUGCUACACUGGUUGUACAAUCCAAGGAGUCUCUACUGCUUGAGUCUCAACACCAACAAGCCCUGCAGAAGAUCCAGAUGCUGGAAGACUCAAGUCGCUACCAGCGUCGGGAGGAGGAAGAGGUCGUUGUCACUCAGGCUCCGAGAUUUACUGUUCAGCUCAACGGUCCGUCAGAGUUAGUGGAAGCACAGAGCGCUCACUACGAGUGUCGUAUCGAGCCGUACCCCGACCCUAACCUCAAGGUAGAGUGGUUCCUGAACGGCCAACCACUUCAGACCGGUCACAGGUUCAGAACCACUUAUGACUUUGGCUUUGCUGCUCUUGACGUGUUGACAGUCUAUGGAGAAGACUCUGGAGAAUACACUUGCCGAGCCACCAACAAACUGGGACAGGCACAAUCCUCCAUCAAACUGAACGUCAAGUCCAAGGCAUCCAUAAUCAGAGACACGCAGCAUGAGGGAGCACUGCAGAAGAUACAGUAUCUAGAGGAUGAUUCUCGCUACAAGCGCACAGCCGCUGAGGAGAUCGCAGUGGCAGAGAAGCCACAGUUUGGCCGACCUCUGAAGAACAUUGAGCAUCUGCCUGAAGGUCAGACAGCUCAUCUUGAAGCGACCUUGACCCCUGUCAAUGACCCUACAAUGAAGGUCGAAUGGUAUUGCAACGGGCGACCUGUGCCCCAAGGACAUCGCUUCAAGACUACAUAUGACUUUGGCUUUGUUGCUUUGGAUAUCCUGUAUGCCUACCCAGAAGACUCCGGAACUUAUAUGUGCAAGGCAAGGAAUGCUGUGGGAGAAGCUGUUACAACUAGCUCUGUCACCAUUGAUUCCAAGGCCGGGCUUCAACUGGACACCCUGGAUGAACAGAGGCUCCAGAAGAUCAGAGAUCUGGAGAAUUACCAGAGACCAGAGAAGGUGGAAGUGGAGGCUGUGGGACAGAAACCUGUCUUCAUCACUCCUCUCAACAGUCUGUCAGCCUUGAAGGAAGGAGACCACGCUCAUCUAGAGUGCCGUGUGGAGCCAAUCAACGACCCACACAUGAAGAUUGAAUGGUUUGUCAACGGAGUCGCUAUCCGCACUGGUCACAGGUUCCGCACAACACAUGACUUUGGUUAUGUCGCCCUGGACGUCCUGUACACCUGGGGAGAGGAUACUGGCACUUACAUGUGUAAAGCAUCCAACCUACUUGGAGAGGCUAUCAACACAACCAACAUCAACGUGCAGUCUCGCCGCAGUGUGUACUUAGACACUCAGCAUCCCGAAGGACUGGAGAAGAUCAGAGAGUUAGAAGCUCAAGGUCACACAGCCAGACUGGAGGUGGAGGAGCCCAUACCAACACCUCCCAAGUUUGUCUCUGAGCUUAGAGGAACAACCGAGGUUGUGGAAGGAGCGACAGCCCACUUUGAAUGCCAAGUGGAGCCUCUGCAUGAUUCCAACUUGCGUAUUGAGUUCUACCACAACGGCAAGCCACUACCAUCAGCCUCUAGGUUCCACAUCACAUUCGACUUUGGCUACGUGGCCCUGGACAUCGGCCACUGUGUGCCAGAGGAUGCUGGGGAGUACAGUGUCAAGGCCAUCAACAAGCUCGGCCAGUGCACUUCAUCCAUCAAUCUCAAAGUUAUCGCUAAGGGCAGCAUUAUCUCAGACUCCCAGCGGCCAGAGGGCUUGGAGAAGAUUCGCCAACUCGAAUCUGCUCAGCCAUUCCAGAGACCCGAAGUGCCUGAGGCAGCCACCAGACAGCGCCCAGUGUUCACUCAGCCACUACAGAACAUUGACUCCAUCGCAGAGAGCGCCACCGCUCACUUUGAGUGUCGUCUGAUCCCUGUCGGAGAUCCUACACUCAAGGUUGAGUGGUUCCGCAAUGAGAAACCAUUAGAAACCAGUUCUCGUAUCACCAAGACACAUGACUUUGGCUUUGUGUCUCUGGACUUGACACAUGUGCGAGCGGAGGACGAAGGAGUGUACAUGUGUCGGGCGUCCAACGCACUUGGAGAGGCCGUCACCACCGCUUCCAUGAAGAUAAAGACCAAGGCAGACAUACAGUUGGACACUCUCCACCAGGAAGGCAUGCGUAAGAUUCAGCAACUGGAGUCCCGAGCGCCCACUCGUGACGAGGAGCCGGAGCGCACGUUUGAGAAGCCCAUCUUCACUCAACUGCUGACCGGACCCUCGGAACUGUGGGAAGGACAGAAUGCACACUUUGAGGCCCGAGUGGUGCCUGUUGGGGACCCCACUCUGAGAUACGAGUGGUACGUCAACGGCGUGGAACUGAAAAUGGGUUCUCGGUUCCGCACAACUCAUGACUUUGGCUUUGUCACUCUGGACAUCAUGACCACAGUCCAGGAAGACUCAGGAGUGUAUAUGUGCAAAGCAAUCAACAGAGCCGGCGAGGCUGUGUCCUCUACUUCUCUCAAAGUCAAACCCAAGGGCACCAUUAUGGGUGAGCCAUUGCAGCCGGAUGCCUGGCAGAAGAUCCAGCUGAAGGAGGCGGAGAUGAACAAGGUGCCUCCGAUGUUCGUGGACACAACUCCGCAGCAGGCCCCGGUGUUCACCACUCAUCUGCAGAGUCUAGACAAGCUGCAGGAGGGCCAACAUGUCUACUUGGAGGCACAAGUGGAGCCCCGUACAGACCCCAACCUGCGCAUUGAGUGGUUCAAGAACGGCAUGAGCCUCACCACCGGUGCCCGUUUGAGAAGUACAUUUGACUUUGGCUUGGUGACUCUUUCCAUCAACUCACUGAGGGCCGAUGAUUCGGCUAUAUACACAUGCAAAGCCACUAACCUCCUGGGAGAAGCUGUUUCUACCUGCACACUUAAGAUUGAAGACAAGCACUGGCUGUUGGGUAAGCCACUCCACCCUGAGGCUCUGCCACUGAUAGAGUCUCUAGAGGCACCCAAGGCCAAGCCUACAGAAGGUCCUGAGCCUACCUACGAGUGUCCUGUAUUCAUAUCCCAUCUCAACAAUGUCGAGUGCAAGGAGAGUGACAAUGUGCACUUCGAGUGCCACGUGGAGCCCAGCAAAGACCCGACUAUGAAUAUUGAAUGGUUUGUGAACGGCAAGCCUCUCCCGACUGGAUCUCGCUACAAGUCCACGUACGACUUUGGCUACGUUUCUCUUGACAUCAACCACGCCUACUCUGAAGACUCCGGUGUUUACAUGUGCAAAGCCACCAACAGCAAGGGCCAGGCCUCUACUUCAGGAACACUCAGAUGUCAUGCAAUUAAAAAGGAAUUUAAUAAAGAGGAGGAGUUUUCUUCCUCGUUUGCUUAUGGUACCAAAGAAUUUGGAAUGCACAGCUUUUCUCACCAGGAGAGCUCCAAAACCUCCAGCAUGUUUGCCUCCUCAUACACCAUGUCUUCCACACAAACCAUCGUUUCUCAAGAAACGCACGUACAACAGUUCUCGACUGAAAAGAGGAGACCUUCUCUCCUAGCAGAGGGAGAUAUUAAGAUGAUUCAGGACCUUGAACUGAUCAAAAUCAGACUGAAAGGGCCUCAAACUGAUGUUGAGAUUGGGGAAAUUCCUGAAGGCAUUCCGGAAGGAGAGGUAGUUUUUGAGACGAUGGAAAUCCCCAGGAGGCUGACAUUGCCUGAUAUAGAGGUUGCGCAUGAUGUUCAGCUACAGAGAGUAGAUCAGGCUGAGGUGUCUGAGAGGGUGACUAAAAGGAGGUUCUCUACUCACACGGAGGAGGCUUCGGCUCACAUCCAAGUAGCGGAGUUGGUAGAAGGGUUGGCCGCUAUCGGAGAAGUCUCGGGUGACAAGGAUAUAUACUUUGACACUCAGCAUCCUCAGGGCAAAGCUGGUCUGGAAAAGGUACAAGAGGUGGAGGACGCAGUCGCUGGCAAGUACCAGAGACAGUCGUCUGCGCCAGAGGCUCAGUUCCCUGCGCCAGUCUGGACAAUCCCUGUCAACCCAGAGUUCCACCUGGGAGAGGCCCAGCCUCUACAUCUGGAGGCUACUGUGGAGCCCAAGGAUGACCCCAAGCUCAAGAUUGAAUGGUUCUUCAAUGGCAAGGCUCUUGAACAUGGGUCCCGUUUCAAGAUGACAAGUGACUUUGGCUUUGUCACUCUGGACCUGACCGAGGUGUAUGAACGUGACCAAGGCAUCUACACUUGUAAGGCGUCCAACGCAGCAGGUGAAGCGUUCACGUCCACCACCAUCUACUGCACCAGCAAGGCGGGACUCAUCGAACAGACACAGCAUCCCAAGGGUGAGGAGGGCCUGGAGAAGAUCCAGACUCUGGAGGAGUCCCUCAGGAGACAAGAGGCCGGACUGCCGGAGAGUGACCUGGGACAACCACCUGUGUUCACAUCGCAGUUUGAGAAGUUGACAAACCUGAGCGAAGGAGAGAUCGCUCACUUUGAAGCCUCCUUAUCACCUGUUGGUGAUCAGACCAUGGUGGUGGAGUGGUUUUACAACGGCAAAACUUUGGAAGCAAGUCACAGGACCAGGACGGUGCAUGCGUUUGGCAUGGUGGUGCUGGAGAUCCUGGGUACUAAGAUAGAGGACUCUGGCAGCUACACUUGUAGAGCCACAAACAAAUGGGGCACGGCAGAGAUCAGUGUGGAGCUGGAGUGUGUGGACAAGAGCAAGGGACAGAAACCACAAUUUACCACACAUAUACAGAGCGUUGAUGGACUGAAGGACGGAGACUCGGCUCACUUUGAAUGCACUCUGAUCCCAGUCGGAGACCCCAACAUGAAGGUGGAGUGGUUCCACAAUGGUAAACCUCUCAGACAUUCUACCAGGAUCAAGUCUGUAUCAGACUUUGGCUUUGUUCUGCUGGACAUCGCCUACACACAGAGUCACGACAGUGGUGAAUACGUCUGCAAAGCAAGCAACAGGUAUGGUGAAGACUACACCAAGGCUACCGUCCGGUGUGUAGGCAAGGGAGGAGUGUAUCUGGACACUCUCCAGCCCGACUCUCUGGCCCGUAUUCGGGAACUCGAGUUGGGAGCAACUCCUUCUCAGAUACCAACGUCACCAGUCCUGGAGCCACCCAAGUUUAUCACACAGAUCAAGGAGGUGGUGAAUCUCAAGGAGGGACAGAGCGCUCACUUUGAGGCCCGUCUCACUCCAAUCCACGACCCGGACCUGGUGGUUGAAUGGUAUUUCAAUGGCAAGAAACUGCCACAUGGCCACCGUUACCGUACAUUCCACGACUUUGGCAUCGUCAUCCUCGACAUUCUGUACUGCUACGAAGAGAACUCUGGCGAGUACGAGUGUCGCGCUGUCAACAAGGUCGGCCAAGACUCUACCAAGGCUUCUCUCAAGUGUUCCAGCAAAGCCAGUCUUAUUUUGGAGAGCCAACUGCCCCAGGGAAUGGAAGGUGGUUUGGAGAAGAUUCAGACCCUGGAAGACUCGUUGAUCCGACAGAGGGAUGAGAAGUCGUCAGAAGAGAGGGGGCAAGCUCCCGUGUUCACUGUACCUCUGGCUAACAUUGAAAGUCUACGUGAGGGCGAGAGUGCUCACUUUGAGGGUCGCCUCACACCCACCAACGACCCCAGGCUUAAGGUUGAGUGGUUCUGGAACGGUAAACCACUGAAGACCGGCUCAAGGUUCCGCACUUUCUGUGACUUUGGCUUUGUCAUUCUUGAGAUAUCUCCGGUGUACCCUGAGGACUCUGGAGAGUACUCUUGCAGAGCAUUCAACGAGUAUGGAGAAGCUGUCACUACUGCCUCCAUGAAAGUACAAGGCAAACGCAGUAUCGUUUUGGAAUCACAGCUGCCCAAGGGUAUGGAGGGCACCAUUGACAAGAUAGCUGAGCUGGAAGGUCUGGGACAAGCGCCCUCCGACCUGACACCGGACGCAGACUCCGGUAAACCACCGGAGUUCAUCACCACACCAGCUGACCUGACCCUGGCCGAGAACCAGCUGGCACACUUUGAAUGUCGUCUGACGCCGGUCAACGACCCCAGCAUGAGAGUGGAGUGGUACCACAACGGAAAACCACUGUGGGCCGGCUCACGUGUCAAGACUAUCAACGACUUUGGGUUCGUCAUACUUGAGAUUGCCGGUUGCUACAUCAGGGAGUCCGGAUUGUACACUUGCAAGGCCACCAACAAGCACGGUGAGGCGUCAGUGUCGUGUAAGCUACAGGUUCACGGCCGCCAAGGUAUCAUCAUGGAGCCUCAGCUGCCCUCCAACUUCCGCACAGGCACUGAGAGUCUGCAGAAGUUAGAAGAGUCUCUGUACAAGCGGGAGGAGAUCCAGCCCGACGCUGAGGAGGCCAAGCCGCCCAAGUUCAUUGUUGAACUCAAGGACACGGAAGUGACAGAAGCAACUGCUGCUCAUUUCGAUUGCCGAGUGGAGCCUGUCGGUGACUCGUCUAUGCGUAUCGACUGGUUCUUCAACGGCAGACCGUUUGCAACCGGCUCCCGAGUACACAUGCUCAACGACUUUGGCUUCAUAGUGCUCGACAUGGACUACGUCUACGCUCGAGACUCUGGCGAAUACAUCUGUCGUGCCACCAACAAAUGGGGCACGGCCACCACCAAAGCCAAGCUCACUGUCAAAGUGAAACAAGACAUCGUGGUAGACUCGCAACUGCCGAAGGGCAUGAGUGGGGAGAAACUGAAGGAGUUGGAGAGAGGACACAUUCCAGACGAGAAGCCAGAAGAGAAACUCCCAGCUGAGCCUCCUAGAUUCAUAACACAGAUCGAGUCGGUGGGAGUAGGAGAGGCAGAGCCGGUCCACUUUGAGUGUCGCGUCGAGCCCAAGAAGGACCCUAGCCUGAGGAUAGAGUGGUACCGCAACGGAAAACUGCUGCCAACUGGGCAUCGGUACCGCAGCUUGUUUGACUUGGGCUACGUGUCCCUGGACAUCCUGUAUGUCUACCCAGAAGACUCUGGAGAUUACGUCUGCAAGGCCAUCAACGAUUACGGAGAGGACACUACCAAAGCCACAAUUCAAUGCAAGAAAAUUCCCCAAAUUAUUCUUCAAAGCCAGGUGCCAAAGGGCAUGAAGCGCUCAGAGGCUUUGAUGCAGAUGGAGGCCACCAUCAAGAAGUACACUUCUGAGGUCCAUCUGACAGAGGAUGACCUGUAUGAGCCGGAGAAGAAACAACCUCCAAGAUUUGUGACCCAGAUUGAAGACCAAACCAGCCUGGUGGAAAUGCAGACGACCAAGUUUGAGUGCCAGCUCGCCCCGGUGGGAGACCCUAACAUGAAGGUGGAGUGGUUCCUCAACGGCAAACCUCUCCCUUACAAGAACCGUUUCACGCCAAUCUACGAUUUUGGAUAUGUUGCAAUGAACUUUGGCUGGGUCUACCCUGAGGACAGUGGAGAAUACUUGUGCAGAGCUACCAACCUGUACGGCAUGGAUGAGACUAGAGCCACCAUCAAGACCACUGGCAAGCCUGGUAUCAUCUAUGACAGCCAGCUGCCGAAGGGUAUGAACAGCAUCGAGCGCAUCAGAGAACUGGAGGCUAUUUCGAUCCCAGACGAGGUGGAGGAAGGUGAGAAGCAGAAGGAGAAGCCAGUGUUUGUGACCAAGCCUGAGCCAUACACCACGGCGGAGGGUGAACCAGCCAGGUUCUGCUGCAGAGUGACAGGCUUCCCUCGGCCUCGCGUCAUGUGGCUCAUCAACGGCCACACUGUAGUCAAUGGCAUGAGGUACCGACUAACAUACGACGGCAUGUGGCACUUGGAUAUCCCCAAGACACGCCAGUACGACCACGGCAAAAUUGAGGUGGUCGCUCGUAACAGCUCGGGCGAGACCAGGGUGGAGACUACGCUCACUGUGAAGGCGAGGGGUGACGACUACCGUGGCGUACUCAAGAACUCUCCCAGACCGUGGUACGACUAUGAGCUGACCUCGUACCAGAAGGAACGACAGGAGACAGAGUUGACAAAGGUGUUUGAGGAGCGAGCACAGCAAGACAAGGACAUCAUCUUGGACCAUCUGAUACCCAAGGAUGUGGGCCAGGACCAGCCAGAAUGGACACAGGCUGUGAAGCAAAAGAGGGGCGAGGAGUACUACAACAAGCUCAAAGAGCUGGAGGAGGAACAGGUGGUGAAGGAGGCAAGGCUGAGAGAAGCUUCUCAUCAGUUUGCCAUCCCUGGGGAGAGAGUGUCACAGAAGUCAUUGGCCAGAGGCAUGGCUGACCAGUACGAGAGCAAUGUUGAAAAGAAAGAAGAGCUGAUGCCUUGGCAGAAGGGAGUGAACCUCCGUCGUGUGGAGAGAAAGGAGAACCAAGGAGACGAAGCUCUGCAUCAGAUAACCACAGCGUUGCGACAGACACUACGGGACGACGUCACUCAGGAGACCCAGCAACAACAACAGAGGCCUUGGGUGAAACCCAGCCCUGACCAGACGGCAUCAUCAGUACAUGGCAAGGAGGUGCAUGUGGCCACACAGAAACAGACACAGAAGGAGGUGCAAGGUGACACGGAAAUAACCAGAAAGAUCACAGCAACAGAAACCACAGAAGUUGAGCAUAAAGGCAAAGUGGAAGAAAGAGUGGUCUCAGGAGCAGUGAAACCAGCCAAGCCUCCACUUUUCACCAAAAAGAUUCAGCCUUGUCGAGCAUUUGAGCAGGAGCAAGCCAGAUUUGAGGUGGAGUUUGAUGGAGAUCCACUGCCAACAAUCCAGUGGUUCCGGGAGGACUUCCCCAUCCAGAACUCUCCUGACUUCCAGAUACACACCUUCAGCACCAAGUCCAUCCUUGUCAUUCGUCAGGUGUUCAUGGAGGACUCUGGUGUGUUUGCGGCUGUGGCUGAGAACAGAGGAGGUCGCGCCAAGUGUAGCGCCAACUUGGUGGUGCAAGAGAGGCGUCAGCCUGGUCGUGGUGGUGUCGUACCUCCCAGCUUUGUCACGACGGCACAAAGUGUCUCAGUCAAGUCAGGACAGCUCGUCCGCUUUGACGCUAGAAUUGCCGGCACCAAACCUCUAGACGUGCAUUGGCUCAAGAACGGUAAGAAGAUAACUCCUGACAUCAGGUACAAGACAUUAGAGGAAGACAACACGUUCACUCUGCUCAUCAUAGAGACAGUACCUGGGGACAGUGGCCAGUACGAGUGUGUGGCCAUUAACUCAGCAGGAGAGGCAAGAUGUGAAGCAGAGUGUUUAGUAACAGCCCCGUCCAGCCCCGCUCCAUCCAAAGCCGCCAAGGCCCCAACAGCUGAUCAGGCCCCCACCGUCAUACAACCUCUCACAGACCAAUCCAUCAAGGAAGGACAGCCUGUACUCUUCAGGUGCAAGAUCUCAGGAAAACCUGUUCCCCAAAUCAAGUGGAUGAAGGCAGACCAGGUGAUCAAACCCUCCAAGUACUUCCAGAUGUUAAAGGAAGGAGACGUUUACUCUCUCAAGAUCUCUGAAGCCUUCCCUGAAGACGAGGGAACAUACAAAUGUGUUGCAUCAAACCCAGGAGGACAAGUGAUUCUGACCUGUGCUCUGAGUGUGUUGGCCCCCGACACCUUAGAAGUAGCCCCCACCUUGGCACCGAUGGCGGAUGUCACUGUGUUAGAGGGAAGCCCCGCUCAGUUCCGCACACAGUUGGGGGGUAAACCUACUCCAGGCUUGCAGUGGUAUAGGGAGGGAGCUCUCAUACCUCAAUCCCCUGACUUCCAGAUGAUCGUAGAAGGUGACAAGGCAGUUUUGUUGAUCGCCUCCACGUAUGAAGAGGACUCAGGAACCUUCACAUGUAAAGCGACCAACUCUGCCGGCCAGGCUCAAGUUUCUGCUAAGCUCAUUGUCAAAAGAAGACCAGCUCAAACUCAGAGAGGAGCAGUCCCAGACCAAAGUAGUAAAAGUGCAAAAAAGGUACCAACUAAGGGUUUUCCAAGUCAGACACCUCAAGUAGAGUCAGACCUGUCAUACAGUGAGGAGGGGGAGGGGACUACCAGUGAUGAACCAAGUGAGUCUCUUCCUGAAGGAGAUGAAAGUUUGCCUUGGCGUCAACCUCGGCGGACAGAACGAACAGCCCCCUGGCGUCGUACAAGAGAUAGAUCACUCGAUAGUCAACUUACAAGACACCCUAAGUUGCCAAGACAGUCAAGAGACAGAUCAUUAGAUAUUCAGAGACGUGAUAGCAGUAAAAAAGUGAUACCUUGGACCCAAGAGGGCGUAAAAUUAAAAAAGUCUACAACGGGGAAAAAGGAGAUAGAAAAAGAAAAGGUUGAGCAAGUACAGCUGAAACCACUGAGAAAAAUCUCAAAAGAUGAGGUUACAGUGGACAGACGGAUGUCACAAGAUUUGUCCGAAGAGAAGAAAGUAAAACCAUGGACUGAGGAAGAGGUGAGUCUUAAAAAAGUGUCGGUUGAGAAAAAGCAAAUAGAAAAAGAGAAAUUAGAGACAGUGCAACUGAAACAAACUACACGAAGGUUGUCAAAGGACAUCGAGGUAAAAGAAAGGAAACUGUCUAUAGAUAAAACAGAUAAAAAGGCCACACCAUGGACUGAAGAAGGAGUAAAACUAAGAAAAGUUUCAAUUGACAAAAAACAACCAGAAAAAGAAAAAUUGGAAGAGGUUCAAUUAAAAGCUACGAAAAAGCCAAAUGACAUUGAAACACCAGAAAUGAAGUAUUCCUUACUUUCACCUGUGCAAGAAAAGAAAACAACUCCCUGGGCGGAGGAAGCAGUGAAAUUAAAGAAAGUAUCUGUUGAUAAAAAAGCUCCAGAAAAAGAAAAAAUUGAAGAUAUUCAGUUGAAACCAACUAAAAUAGCGCAAAAAAGUACACCUGAAUCUUCAGAAAGAAAAAUGUCAGUUGAUAAAUCAAUUUUUGAUAGUAAGUCAGCACCGUGGUCUGAAGAGUCAGUCAAAUUAAAAAAGGUUUCAUUGUCUAAAAAACCAAUAGAUAAAACUGCACAAGAAGCCUAUUUAACACAACCACUGAAGACUGAGACUCCACAAAAGAUGCCUUUGUCACACGAGAUUUCAGACUCUACUACUGAAAUUUCUGAAGAUACUCUUAAAGCCCAAGAAUCAAUCAAACUUAGAAGGGCUAAAAAACACAUUGGUGACAUUUUGAAAUCUGCUGUUGAAAAAGACCAAACAUUUGUUGAUCAAUCAUUAGAACAGAUAUCGACGAUUGAGAGCAGCGAACUAAUCAAUCUUAAAUCAAGACUAGAGGUUGAAAAACAACCUAUAAUUGAUCUUGACAAACAAGUUCCUCAAGACACAACUAAGGAAAAAAUUAUGCCAGAAAAAUUUAAAACAGCUUCAGAUGUUACAGAGCUAAAACAAAAUGUAAUACAGGAGGGAGUCAAACAGAAGCGAUCCUCAGUACAGAAAAAGGAAGUUUCAAAAGAAACACAUGAGUCGGUUGAAUUAAAACCCACAAGGAGAGAUUCACAAAGACCAGAAUUGAAAGAUAAUGAGGGAGAUAAGCUGGAAUCUAAAACAGAAGAGUCAAUAGUUAGUAUUAAAGACACUGAAUCAAUAGAAAUAACUAAGCAAACUGACCUAAACGAAGAAGUAACUAAACAACCAUGGCAAAUGAAAGCUCAAAAAACAAAAUCAAUAAAAAUUACAGAUGAGACUAAUCAAAAAUCUACUUUUGAAUCUUUUCCAGAAGAAUGCCAAUCCAUACUCCAAAAAGACGAGAAAUCUAAGGUGCCUUGGGCACAAGAAGCUAUGAAAUUGAGAAGAUCAUCGAUACAGAAAAGUGAAAUUGUUAAAGAGAAAUUAGAAAGUGUUCAACUGAGGCCUUUAAAAUCUAAAGUUGUAGAAGAAACCAUCAAAGAUGUCAAUAGUGAAAUUUGCAAAGAAGAUCAAACUAUGAUAAAAAUAAAAUAUAAGAAAAAAACUUUACCAACAGAUUUGGAACCAUUAACUACAACAGAUGGAGAUGAUUUUAAAGUACCAGAAUCUGAAAUUAUAUUGUCCAGAGCUGAAACUGGGGUUUCUGAAGAUAAAUCAAUUUCUGAAAACAGUGAAGCACUGAAGAGACAUCCUAAAAAACAAGUUAAAUUCAUUCCUGAACCAACAAUUCAACCCAUAGAACCUUUUUCAGCUGAUGAACUACCUUUAGAAAGACAGCCUACAGAAAUAGAACCUCUGGACACAGGAAAAGUGGUGAAAAAGGGUAUUAUGAAAAAAUCUCAAGCUAAUGCACAAGACAACAUAAAUUUGGAAAUUCAGGUCAAAGAGGUAUUUAAACCAAAAGUUGAGAGAGAUAUUAGUCCUAUUGAGCUCUCAGAAAAGCCUACUUUGCCUUGGAGAAGAGGAAAGCAACCAAAAGAGAAACAAGAGCACAAGGGAACUGAGGAAUCACCUGCAGCAGUGACUGAUCAGCCAAAGGAAGUACAUCCUGAAUUACCUUGGAGAAGACAAAAGCCACUCAAAAGUGAGGAAUCCUUGGUGAAACCUACUGCUACUGAUGAAGAAAUCCCAUCAUUGCAAAAGUCACAGAUUGAAAAGGGUUUACUUAAGGACGAUAGAAAACAAACAACUGAUAUACAAUCUGAAGUACUAAUUGAUGAAAGACAGCCACCUUGGAGAAGAAAAAAGUCUGAUCAUCUACCUUUAAAACACGAAGAAUCAAAAGUAGGUCCCUAUUCAGAUAAACCAGUUUCUUUUGUUCCAAGUGAGACAGCUGCUGAACUGAAAGAUAACCAGCCAGAAAGUAAUCAGAUAACAGGAGGUGCACAGACACCUACUACAAAAACACCAGAAGAACCAGGGUUGCCAUGGCGUACGAGUAAAAAACCAGAGAAGCAAGAUGUUACUAUACCGAAAGAUGAUUCCUCAAUAAAGACUGAUGAUCAGCCUAAAAGACCUAAAACAAAAAGAGGAAAAGAUCAAAAACUUGAUGCUGCAGUAUUCAAGGACAGUCCAGCUAUAGGAGAAGCAUUGGAGACACCUGAAACAAAUGUAAAAAUAAAACAAGAUGGUGUAGACAAAGUCGAUAUGAAGCCUUUAAAAACUAAACUAAAGAUUGCCCAAGACGUUCCCAGUUUUGCUGAAGUAAAACUAAAACAAGUUCCCAAAAAAACAAAAUCACAUGUAGAAGAAAUGGAGAUUCCCAAAGUAAUGUUGAAAAGUAGAAUACAACAUAUAAAAUAUCCACCUUGUGAACAACUAUCAAUUAUUACUGAUCUUCAACCAGUUUAUGUUGAUAAUGGUAUUUUAUCUCGAAACUGUGAAGAAGCAAAAACCAUUAAAAAGACAAAGAGAAGGAAGGUCAAACUACCAGAACUAGAAAAACCUGUGUUAGAAACAUACGUUCCAUUUGAAGAUGAACCGAAAAAACCCAAAGAAGAUGUUCCUGAUCUAGAAAAGAUGCCAAAAGACAAGAAAUCAAAAGAAACACCUGAGGAACCUGAACACAAAAAAUUAAUUAUUGGUAAAGGUAAGCUACCAGGUCCUGAUGAAGAACCAGAAACUGUCAAACUAAAGAAAAUUCCACCAAAACCAAAGGAAGAAAAACCUGAAGAAGAUACUAAAUCAAAGAAGCCUGUUCCUGAAAAACCGUUGGAAUCAAAACCUGAGGAUGACUUUUCUUUCAAAUUAAAACCUAUCAAAGAUCUUCCAACUGGCAAGGGGCCCGAGGAAAUCGAACCUGCUGAGAAAGUGGAAGAUAUUCCUGAACCGGCUCAACCUGUUGAUGAAAAAGAAAAGAAGCCUAAACCAAAACAACCAAAGUCAGAUCAACCAACAGAAGAAAGAAAACUUAUCAUGGGUAAAGGUAAGAAACCUCCAGAUGAGGAAGAAAAGGACAUUAAAUUAAGGAAAAAACAAGGCCCUCCUCCUGAAGAGAAACCUGAAGACAUUAAACUCAAGCCAUGGACAAAAGACAAACCUGUUGAAGAAGUUAAGACUAAAGAACCUACUGUUGGUAAGCCAAAACCUGUUGAUAGAGAAGACAUAGAAGAAGAAAUACCAAUGCCAAAGUUCAAGGAUUCUCCAGAUAAAAUUAUAAAGAAAAAGAUAAUUAAGAUUAAAAAGCCUAAAGAGGGUAAAGACGAUGAAGUGCCUGAUCUAGUUGAAGAAUCUCCUGGUGACAGUAAGCCAACAGAGUCAUUACCUAGUGAAACCAUUGAGGAGCCUGUAGACACAGUUUCUGAUAUUCCAUUGAAUAUGGAAGCUACAGAGAGUAAAGAUAUUGCAGAAUUGCCACCAUGGAGAAGAGGAAGAAAACCAAAGAAGGAAGAACCAAUUCAAAUGGAUGAACAACCUUUAGAAAGUGAUCAAGAUUUACUGAAAAAACCAAAGGUUAAGAAGACGAAAAAGAAAGAUUUACCUGGUGAACAAGAAGAAGCAAAGCCCGAAGAGACGCCAAGAUUAAAAACGGACCAAGAAAAUAAGAAACCUCUGUUACAAAAAUUAGAACGUAGAGAAAUAAAACCUCAGAAAGUUCAAGUGACACCAGUUCAAGACAUUCCUCAAUUUGCUUCGAUCAAACUGAAAAAGGCACCAGCAAAACCGAAAAAAGAAAUUGAAUCAGUAAAAUUACCAAAAGUUAUGUUAAAGAGCAGAAUACAACGUCAUGAAUACCCUCCUAAAGAAUUCAAGCCGGUUAUAACUGACCUUGAACCAGUUUAUGUUGAUAAUGGUAUUUUGUCUCGAAACUACGAAGAAGCAAAAACCAUCAAAAAGACAAAGAGAAGGAAAGUUAAACUUCCAGAACUGGAAAAACCUGUGCUAGAAACAUACGUUCCGUUUGAAGAUGAACCGAAGAAACCUAAAGAAGAUGUUCCAGAUCUAGAAAAGAUGCCAAAAGACAAGAAACCAAAAGAUACACCUGAGCAACCUGAACCCAAAAAACUAAUUAUCGGUAAAGGUAAGCUACCAGGUCCAGAUGAAGAACCAGAAACUGUCAAACUAAAGAAAAUUCCACCAAAACCAAAGGAAGAAAAACCUGAAGAAGAUACUAAACCAAAGAAGCCUGUUCCUGAAAAACCAUUGGAAUCAAAACCUGAGAAUGACUUUUCUUUCAAAUUAAAACCUAUCAAAGAUCUUCCAACUGGCAAGGGACCCGAGGAAAUCGAACCUGCUGAGAAAGUGGAAGAUAUUCCUGAACCGACUCAACCUGUCGAUGAAAAAGAAAGGAAACCAAAACCAAAACAACCAAAGUCAGAUCAACCAACAGAAGAAAGAAAACUUAUCAUGGGUAAAGGUAAGAAACCUCCAGAUGAGGAAGAAAAGGACAUUAAAUUAAGGAAAAAACAAGGCCCUCCUCCUGAAGAGAAGCCUGAUGAUAUCAAACUCAAGCCAUGGACAAAAGACAAACCUGUUGAAGAAGUUAAGACUAAAGAACCUACUGUUGGUAAGCCAAAACCUGUUGAUAGAGAAGACAUAGAAGAAGAAAUACCAAUGCCAAAGUUCAAGGAUUCUCCAGAUAAAAUUAAAAAGAAAAAGAUAAUUAAGAUUAAAAAGCCUAAAGAGGGUAAAGACGAUGAAGUGCCUGAUCUAGUUGAAGAAUCUCCUUGUGACAGUAAGCCAACAGAGUCAUUACCUAGUGAAACCAUUGAGGAGCCUGCAGACACAGUUUCUGAUAUUCCAUUGAAUGUGGAAGCUACAGAGAGUAAAGAUAUUGCAGAAUUGCCACCAUGGAGAAGAGGAAGAAAACCAAAGAAGGAAGAACCAAUUCAAAUGGAUGAACAACCUUUAGAAAGUGAUCAAGAUUUACCGAAAAAACCAAAGGUUAAGAAGACGAAAAAGAAAGAUUUACCUGGUGAACAAGAAGAAGCAAAGCCCGAAGAGACGCCAAGAUUAAAAACGGACCAAGAAAAUAAGAAACCUCUGUUACAAAAAUUAGAACGUAGAGAAAUAAAACCUCAGAAAGUUCAAGUGACACCAGUUCAAGACAUUCCUCAAUUUGCUUCGAUCAAACUGAAAAAGGCACCAGCAAAACCGAAAAAAGAAAUUGAAUCAGUAAAAUUACCAAAAGUUAUGUUAAAGAGCAGAAUACAACGUCAUGAAUACCCUCCUAAAGAAUUCAAGCCGGUUAUAACUGACCUUGAACCAGUUUAUGUUGAUAAUGGUAUUUUGUCUCGAAACUACGAAGAAGCAAAAACCAUCAAAAAGACAAAGAGAAGGAAAGUUAAACUUCCAGAACUGGAAAAACCUGUGCUAGAAACAUACGUUCCGUUUGAAGAUGAACCGAAGAAACCUAAAGAAGAUGUUCCAGAUCUAGAAAAGAUGCCAAAAGACAAGAAACCAAAAGAUACACCUGAGCAACCUGAACCCAAAAAACUAAUUAUCGGUAAAGGUAAGCUACCAGGUCCAGAUGAAGAACCAGAAACUGUCAAACUAAAGAAAAUUCCACCAAAACCAAAGGAAGAAAAACCUGAAGAAGAUACUAAACCAAAGAAGCCUGUUCCUGAAAAACCAUUGGAAUCAAAACCUGAGGAUGACUUUUCUUUCAAAUUAAAACCUAUCAAAGAUCUUCCAACUGGCAAGGGACCCGAGGAAAUCGAACCUGCUGAGAAAGUGGAAGAUAUUCCUGAACCGACUCAACCUGUCGAUGAAAAAGAAAGGAAACCAAAACCAAAACAACCAAAGUCAGAUCAACCAAUGGAAGAAAGAAAACUUAUCAUGGGUAAAGGUAAGAAACCUCCAGAUGAGGAAGAAAAGGACAUUAAAUUAAGGAAAAAACAAGGCCCUCCUCCUGAAGAGAAGCCUGAUGAUAUCAAACUCAAGCCAUGGACAAAAGACAAACCUGUUGAAGAAGUUAAGACUAAAGAACCUACUGUUGGUAAGCCAAAACCUGUUGAUAGAGAUGAUGUGGAAGAAGAAAUACCAAUGCCAACGUUUAAGGAUUCUCCAGAUAAAAAUAAAAAGAAAAAGAUAGUUAAGGUUAAAAAGCCAAAAGAUGAUCAACCAGAAGAACCUCUAGAUGAAAAGCCAUCAGAGGAAAAUAAAAUGGUUGAACCAGAAGUAGAACCAGAGAUAUUGCAAACAGAUGAAGUACCUGAAACUGUAAAAGUUGUAGAAUUACCUGAUGUACCUGUUGAAGAAUCUGCCCCAGCUCUUGAAACCCCAAGUCAACCAUGGCGAAAAAAGAAACGUGUGCUUGUAUCCACUUCUAAGGCUCCACCUGUUGAGGAACCGUUGGAAUCUGAGUUAGUUCCUACACAAGUUGUAGAGUCUGAAGUUGUAGAGACAAAAGAAGAAAUGAAAUCGCUUGCAGCUGUAACAUUAAAACAGCAAAAAACCACACAUAAAAAGCAGGACCUAACUGAAGAAGCAGAGGUUGUGGAAGAAGUUACGUGGAGACAAGAAUUGAAUAUCGCAACACAUUCACACAGAAAACAGCCAGAAAGACAAGGUCUUCUUCAGCUGGACUACGAUAAACCUAUCGGGGAUUUAGAAAUCAUAUCACAAAAGAGAGUGGUGAAGGAUACAACUACAGUGGAAAAGGUAGAAUCACUUUCACCACCUCGAUUUAUUCAACGUAUCGAACCGAUCAUCACUGAGAAAGAGGCCCCAGUUUUGUUCACAUGUAAAGUUGAAGGUGUACCGUUUCCUGAACUCACUUGGUAUCAUAAUGGUAAGGAACUGAAACCCUCCAAACGCACCUUGAUGACAGUUGUUGAAGAGGUUGCCACCCUUGAAAUUAUUAGGUCUGAGGAAAAGGAUGUUGGAGUGUAUUCAUGCAGAGCUACAAACAGAGCUGGCGUUGCCACAUGCUCAGCAAAUCUUGUAAUUUUAGAAAAAGAAGAGGACGGAAUUGCUCCACAGUUUACAAUCCCGAUCAAGCCACAAGUGGCAAAACGCAAGAAGACAGCGAAACUGAAGUGUGCUGUUAUUGGCAAACCGAUCCCGACAGUGAAGUGGUACAGAAAUGAAGAAGAGAUAAUCCCUGAUGAAGGGCAUCAACUAACACACAUUCCAGAGACCAAUGAGCAUGUGUUGACCAUCGUGUCGAUAGAUGAACGAGACGAGUGCGUCUACUCAGUGCAAGCAGUCAACAAGUUCGGACGAGCGGAAUGCCGAGCUAACAUUGUGCUCAGUGAAGCUAAGCUGGUCUCUAAGCCAGCAGUGAUGGAAGCACCCAAGAUAACCAAGCCUCUGCAAGCACUGGUGGUGCCGAAGGGGUCAUCAGUGGUCCUGGAGGUAGAGUUCACCGGGACUCCCACUCCGGAAGUCAGCUGGUUCCGGAACGGCAAGGAGAUUGUUCCCACAGGAGACAUGACGAAACAGCCUGGUGUCACCACUCUUACCUUGAGGGACAUUAACAAGAAAGUAACUGGGAAAUAUGAAGUGCGAGCGAUGAAUCCGGCCGGAGAGGCUCGUACUUCCGGCUCAGUUGGGGUGGCAGAUGCUGAAGAACUAUUGGAGAUGGAAGGUGUGAAAGCUCCAAGAUUCAUCCAGCCUCUGCAGCCGCAGACUGUAGCUCCUGGCCAAGUAGUUCUCAUGGAGGCCAUCGUACAGUCAUACCCUACGUGCUCCUUCCAAUGGUUCAGCCACAACACAGCAAUCAAGUCCAGCGUAGAGACGAGGAUUAUGACGGAUGGAAACAAGUCAGUGUUGAUGUUGCCAGCAGCUCUGUCUGAGAGUGCAGGAGACUACACUUGUCGUGCAGAGAACGUCGCAGGCUCUGUGACAUGCAGUGCCACACUGAGUGUCACACCUGCCACGGAGACUGCUGCGGAACUACAGUCACCGGUGUUCACAGUCACGCCACAACGUGCCAAAGUCAUGGACGGCGAACCCACAGAGUUUGUGGCUAAGGUUAUUGGCAAACCAGUGCCGGUGGUCACGUGGUACCACAACGGGCAACUGAUGAAGGAAGGCAAGCAGGUGUCCAUGUAUCAGGACUCGGAAGGUCUGUGCAAACUGGCCAUUACGGAAGUGUUCCCAGAGGAUGCCGGUGUCUACUCAUGCAGGGCUACCAACCCUGUAGGCGAGGCUGUGUGUGCUACGGCCCUGGUUGUUGAAGCAUAUGAGUAUGUGCCGGACUCUGAAAUCGCAUCAAUCACUGUAGCAACUUCCCUGCUCACUGGGCAGAGCGGCUCGGAAGAAGACCUGCUGGCUGACAAGGACAUUUUGUCUGAAGUAUCAGAAGAAAAGCCUGAGGAUCUGGGAAGCGCUCCUUACUUUGUAACACCUUUACCAGAGGAGGUACAGGCUAGAGAAGGAGAACUAUUGAGGCUGGAAGUGAAAGUGGAAGGCACACCAACGCCUCAGAUGCGAUGGUACAAGCAGGGCAUUGAGAUCAUCCCUUGUGAGGAGUUCCAGAUAGAGUACCUGGAGGAUGACUCAAGCGUACUGACUGUGACGGAGGUGUACCCGGACGACGCAGGCGAGAUUGUCUGCGAAGCUCACAAUGAGCUGGGUGUAGCUACAACAACGACUGUGCUGCAAGUAGCAGUGAGGUGGUGGUUUUUUUCAGCUUUCGCAGACUGGAAUUCUUCUUGCCCUUUAUACAAUAGUUUGCCCCUACCAAAUUUUCCCUACACGCAAACAUAACAGCUUCAUUAACAU